AUGGUCACGCAGGCGGAGGCCUUCCGUGGCAAGUUCACUCGAUUUUACCAUACGAGUUAUAUCUUCCUUGCGAUACGGCGGCACCCAGGUCGGCCGUACUGUGUGCAGCUGCAUGGCCAGCUGCUCUUCCAUCGGCCGUUUGCGGCGUCGUGCACGCGCGUGGCGGGCUUCUCAGGCCGUCCCUUCAAGGCGGUCGUGGUGCUCUUCUUGCACGGCGGGCUCGACUCCUGGAAUGCCCUGGUCCCACACUCGUGCUCUCCGCGCGAUCUCUACCGCGACUACCGCAGGCGGCGAACGACAGUCGCGCUCAACAAGUCGAGCCUUCUGGCGAUCCGCUCGGACGCGGCGGACCAGCCGUGCAGCUGGUUUGGGCUCCACCCUCGACUGACGGCGCUCCAGCGCGCCUAUGCUGCCGGGGAUGCGCUUGCAGUGGCCAAUGUUGGCACCCUAGUCGAGCCCACCACCAAGGCGCAGUUUGGGACACCCGGAUCGGUGCAGCUACCGCCGCAGCUUUUCUCACACAACGUGCAGCGCCGGUGCGUUCAGAAUGUGCACGCGCAGUCCAUCCAGGCCAAGGGCGUGCUCGGCCGCGCUGUUACGGCGCUUGACGCACACGAGCAAAGGUACCGAUCGCGCCUCUUCUCCACCAGUGGUAGCGCCAAGAUGCUCGAGGGCGCGCCCCACGCGCCAGACUUUCUCGACAAGGAGAAGGGAAUCAUCCAGCCUGAGCUCGGCGGUUUGGGACACCUGAUUCGCAACAUCACCUCGCCCGUCUCAAGCUCGAUCUUUGCCGAGACGUACAAGGGCGCUCUCGAGCAGGCUCUACGCACCACAGAGGAGCUCGGUGCGGCCAUGGACGCGCAGCGGCUGUCGGCGAGGUUCGCCAGCGAUCCGAUCUCGAUGCAGCUAGCACAGGUGUGCAAGGUGCUCAAGCUGCAGCCGCAGCUGCAGCUCGAGCGCGCAGCCUUUUUCACCGAGCACUUUGGCUUCGACACGCACACCGACGCGAUCGGGACCGUAGACGUCAAGCUGGCCGAGGUGAACGCGGCGCUCGCGAGCUUCGAGGCCGAGCUCAAGGCGCAGGGCCUGUGGGAGAGCGUCACGGUCGUCACCGCCUCCGACUUUGGCAGGACACUCACAAGCAACGGGCAGGGGACGGACCACGGGUGGGGCGGGAACAUAUUUGUCGUGGGCGGGGCGAUCAAGGGGGGCCGCGUCCUCGGAACCUAUCCGUCCGACCUCAGUGAGGGCAACCCCCUCGACAUUGGCCGCGGCCGCAUGCUACCGACGCUGCCAUGGGAGGCGGUAUGGAGCGGCGUGCUCGAGUGGUUUGGCAUAGAGGCAAGCCAGAUGGACACCGUCCUGCCCAACCGACAAAACUUUGCGGCCUCACAGCUCAUUGGCGCGGCUCAGAUGUUUGAGGCGGGUCCUCGGUGA